CGGAACCAAAGUGUCUACAGACUUUAAUUUGAUGUUUCGAUGGGAACAGAAGUCGUGGACACGCUUUACCGACAGGCUGUUCGCAUCUUACAUGAAUGGAAUGAAAUAAGAUGUAAAGGCCUUGACCCAAGGAAUGGAAGCUGGACACUGAGGUUUAACUUUUAGUCGGUAGCUGUAGAUUCGACGCGUGGGUUACAUUAUUUUUGUUAAGUAACUGUAUGUGAAGCGGAAGCUACACAGCCAUUAGCAAAAGUACCAGCCAGGCUGUCAGAAACGGCCGAGCCAGAAAGCAUUGCUCUGAGAAAUCCAAAGCAAAGAUGGUUGAAAGUGUAUUUGACCUCCCGGUGGAAAAGCAGAUAUUUUAUGCUGUCUUGGGAUUCUCAUGGACGGUGUAUCUGUGGGAAGCGUAUUUGUCUUACAGACAGAGGAGGAUAUAUAGGUCGACAACACAUGUACCACAGGAACUCGGCAAGAUCAUGGAUUCCGAAACCUUUGAGAAGUCUCGCCUUUAUCAGCUGGACAAAAGCAACUUCAGCUUUUGGUCUGGGCUGUAUUCUGAAACAGAAGGAACGUUGAUCCUGCUGCUUGGUGGAAUCCCCUUUCUGUGGGGCGUCGCUGGCUCUCUGACGAGUCGCUUCGGAUUCAGUCCAGAGUACGAGAUCACCCAGUCCCUGGUGUUUCUGACUCUUGCCACCCUGUUCAGUGCCUUUACUGGACUUCCCUGGAGUCUGUACAACACGUUUGUCAUUGAGGAAAAGCAUGGCUUCAAUCAGCAGACCUUAGGGUUCUUCAUGAAGGAUGCUGUGAAGAAGUUUGUUGUGACCCAGUGUAUCCUGCUGCCUGUGACCUCACUUCUUCUCUACAUCAUAAAGAUCGGUGGAGACUACUUCUUCAUAUAUGCUUGGCUUUUUACUCUGGCGGUUUCUCUGGUACUUGUAACCAUCUACGCUGAUUAUAUUGCGCCCCUAUUUGACAAGUUUACCCCACUGCCAGAAGGAGAAUUAAAGACAGCAAUUGAGACUAUGGCCAAAAGUAUAAGCUUCCCCCUAACAAAGAUUUACGUAGUUGAAGGUUCCAAACGUUCAUCACACAGCAAUGCAUACUUCUAUGGUUUCUUCAAGAACAAGCGAAUUGUGCUGUUUGACACUCUUUUGGAAGACUACUCCCCUCUUAACAAGGCAGGAGAGCCACAGCCCGAGCAGCCAGAGAGCGAUGAGACAUCCAGCGAGUCAAAAGCCAAGCCCAAGAACAAGAAACAGGGAUGCAACAACCCGGAGAUCCUUGCUGUUUUGGGUCAUGAGCUUGGUCACUGGAAACUUGGUCAUACCGUAAAGAAUAUUGUGAUCAGUCAGAUGAAUUCCUUCCUGUGUUUCUCCCUGUUUGCUCUUCUGAUUGGACGCAAGGAGCUGUUUGUAGCUUUUGGAUUCACUGGCAGCCAACCCACAUUAAUAGGCCUGAUGAUUAUCUUCCAGUUCAUCUUCUCUCCUUACAAUGAGCUCCUGUCUUUCUGCCUGACAGUUCUAAGCCGCAGGUUUGAGUUCCAGGCUGACGCCUUUGCACGUAAUAUGGGCAAAGCAUCAGAGCUCUACUCUGCUCUCAUCAAACUCAACAAGGACAACCUGGGCUUCCCUGUUGCAGACUGGCUGUUCUCCAUGUGGCACUAUUCCCAUCCUCCCCUCCUUGAGCGCCUGAGAGCGCUUGGCAACGUUAAGCAGGACUGACGGGGCUGGAAGGGGGAGCGGCGCCCGCUGCCUCCUCCAAAGGGCCUCCGCCGGCCCCUCCUGGCCCUGUGAUGCAACUCAGUCAUUCUCCUCCCAUCUGUCCCCCUCAUCUACUGCUAUUAUUAUCCUGUUUGAAUCUUUUCCUCACUUGUCUUGAUUUUCCUUUUUGUUACCUUUGCAACUUUAUUCUAAACCAAACCAAAACAUAUCAGCUCCAGGCAACUUGUUCACCUUCAUUCCCCAAUUUCCUCCUUGAAACAUCUAUGAUGCAACUGCUGUGAGCAAUACAUCUGGACAAUGUGUGGUUGUUGUUGCACAGAACGGAUUUUACUGAUUGGCCCGAUCAUUUUGUUUUUAGAAUUUCAUUUUUUUAUGUUGGAGAAAAAAAAAAUCACUUUUCUAAAUAACAGACGUACUGUUGUGAUGCUGCUGUUACAUCCAACUACUGAUAAUACAGAAGAAUGAUUAUUACAGUCUAUUUCGACGAAUUGUUUUAGUAUUGAUAGCAACAAAUCCAGUUUCCUUUGUUCUUGUGACAACACUUUUACAUAUACACAGGCCAGAUUUUGAUUUGUCUCUCAAGUGCAGCUGCAUCUUCAGCAGUCAGGCUGUAGAGAACUUUUGUUGAACUAAUUUCCUCCAAUUUGUAAAUUUAGUCAGUGGAGCUGCGUAAAAUGCUUGGUCACCUCGACUAAAUGAGUGCCUCUAAUUGUCUCUUUUUGUUCUAGCGGUGACCAGAGCAGUGCAGGAACUUUCAUUUGAAGUUAAAUUAGACUUGUGAUUUUAUUUUCUACUUGAAGUGAGGAAAUUAUGUUUUACUUUUUCUUAAACUCCAGCUUGCCGUCAAGGGUCCAAGCAUCCAUGUAUAUAUGUAAUUUUGAUGAUUAGAGUUAGGAUGUGCAAGUGAAUUGUAAAAACACUGAAUGUGGUUUGAAAUUUUAUGUUAGCAUGAUGGUUAGUUUCUUCAAUUUUGGCCCAGUGUUGCCUGGCAAUCAAAAUAUUAAUAUGGGACUUUGGGAGAGGGCUGACAUGGUUCCUUUCACCACUUGAGCCAGAGUUUGGUUUGUUUGAAGAGAGGACUGAGUACUUUCUUUGCUGCAAUGAAUAAAAUCUUACAAAGCAUGCCAUUUUGGUUUCUUGUUUGGCUUAGAUUGCCAUAUUUUACAGCCUUAGUUUAAGCAUUGCUUGAGGAAUGC